AUGGCCGACCUCGACAACCAGAUGCCCGAGGGCAUGGACGAUUUUGCCAGCGAUAACAACGAGGACGCGUCCAUGGCAGGCGCCGAGGUCGACUUUGGCGCGCUUGAGAUGUUUGACAGCAACGCGAGCCAGGUGUUUUCCUCCCAGGUCAACGCGCCCUUCCCUUCGAGCGGGCAUGCACCCGAAGCCAUCAUGUCCGAGGACCCGGUGCCGUCAACGUCCUCCAAAAAGUCGAAACGCGAUAAAAAACACCGAAAGCAGAGCUUUUCAGCCGAUGUGGAGUCUUCGCAGCCGGUCAUUGAGGGCGACGGCGGCAAGAAGAAGCAUAAAAAGUCCAAGAGGCGAUCGACACGCGAGCCAGAGGUCCCCGACAGCCAGGCCCAGGCCAUUGCUGCUUCAGAGCCGGAUGUGGUGGCUGCGGCCGCUGCAGCUGAGUCUGGUGAAGGCGACGCGGCCGUAGCCGGAUCACCCGAGCUCAAUGGCGACGGCGACGCUGUUGCUCCAUCGACACAUUCCAAGAAGAAGCGAAAGCUUUCCGACUCGGCCGACGGCAAGCGACGCAAGAAGCGACGGUCACAUGGGCAGGAAGGCGCCGAAGGAGAUGCCGCGGUGAGUACCGAAACAACGGCGGCCUCGACGGGCUUCCUGCACCGGAAAAAGGACAAGGGCAUGUCGGUGGAAAGUGCCAUCGAAGAAGAGCAGGCGGCCGACGCGGAUCCGCAGGGGUCGCCCACCGUCGCCCACCUCCGCCGCCGAAGCCAGUCCCGCGAGGCGCGAUCACGAGAGAAUAGCAUUCCUCCUGCGAGUGCCGAGCGAAUGGAGGUUGACCUGGGCGAGCCCGAACACCACGCCGCUCCCGCUGACGCCAUGGACAUCGACCCUGACGUCGAGACCCUUGCCCGAGAAGCCUGGAACGAGCAUAGAAAUGGUCAAAAGGCGCUCGCAGACGCGCAGGAGCAGGCCAUGGCCACGGAGGAGCAGCCCCAACCCGAGGCUACCCAGGACACCCAGGCAACGACAUCGCCUCGGAGAACACGGUCGACGCGGAAGAAGUCCAAGCCCACUUUCUUCGAGCAGCCUCCGCCCGAGAUUCCGGACGACGGCGCAAACCGCGACGCACUGGCGGAGCUGCCCUCCCCCACAGCCUUGUCGCCGAAGCCUAGGAAGCGGUCCAAAGCAGCCGCCAAGAAGACGUCCAAGGGCCGGAAGCCGAAGCGGGAAAAGCUGUCGCAGUCGAUGCGUGGCGGCUCUCAAGAUGAUGGCGAAUACGAGAGCUCGCAGCCUUCUAGGAAGAAUCGCCUCAUUGGCUACACCCAGGGCCGCUUCUCGGACGACGAGCUUGCACGCAUCGCCAAAGCCGUAGAAGGGUUCAGAGCGGAGCAUGGUCUCAGCCAGGAGCAGGUUAAUGCAAUGGUUCAUGCGCCUGGUGGAACAACCGCUGGCGACGAGCAUGCCCAACUCUGGGUCCGCAUCUUUGCCGAGUGCCCGGACCGACACCGACAGAAGCUCAUCAACAUUACGCGCAAGAAGUUCCACAACUUCGUCGCCCGCGGCACGUGGACCGCGGAGCAAGAUGCCGAGCUGAACGAGCUCAUCAGCGUCCACGGGACCAAGUGGUCCAAGAUUGCCGCCCUCAUCAACCGCCACCCGGAAGACUUGCGCGACCGGUAUCGCAACUACCUUGUUUGCGGCCCUUAUCAGCGCAAAGACGCCUGGGACGAGGCAGAGGAGGCGCGCCUCACGCAAUACGUCAUCGAUGCCAUGGAAGCCAUCGACGAGCUGCGUGGCUCAGAGCCAAACCAUCACCUUCUCACGAGGUCCUACGAGGAGCUUAUUGACUGGCAAAACAUCAGUGAGAGAAUGGACCGGACCCGGAGCCGACUGCAAUGCAUCACCAAGUGGAAGUCGCUCAACGUUCGCGUCAAUGGCAAGGACAAGCUGCUGUCUGGUGAACCCGACGCGCAGAUCUCGUUUCGACUCGAAAAGGCGCGCCGACAGCUGUCGGCCAUGCCCGACGAAGAAAAAUACCGUCUGGUCCUCGCUAUCCAGGGCACGGCGGUCGGAAGAGACAAGAAGAUACCGUGGCAGCGCCUGGUCGACAAGCAUUACCGCAACCAAUGGCACCGUACGACCCAGAUGCUGCUCUGGCGCCGCCUGAGACAGACGGUGCCAGGCUGGGAGACGAUGACAACCCGCGACUGCGCUCAGCACCUGAUUGAGCAGUACAACCAAAACGGCGAGCUGCCCGACGUCGUCCAGGACGGGUACGACGAUGCGGAAGAAAUGGAUUUCGUGCAGCAGAUACCAUCCUCGACAGUCGGCGUCAGCGGGACGCAGGCCCAAAGAGAGGGCGGCGAGAAGAGCGCAGAGUUUGUCACGGCGUCGGAUGCGGAACAGGAUGUUCCCCCGACCAACGGCGAAGCUGUCCAGGAGGAACAGGAAAUCCAAAUCGACCCAGCCCUGACCGAGACGCCCGACAUGACCAAGAAGGCGACGCCUGCCAAGAGGACAGGUUCUGGAAAGCCACCCUCGUCCAGGAAGAAGCAGAAGAGGGCGGCCAUUGCCAACAUGGAUCCCAUCGAGGACGCGGAUGAGGUCGGCCAGCAGCAGACUGCCGAGCAGCCAGAGAACUCGGACAUUGAAGUCGAGCAGCUCCGCCCCAAGAAGACGCCCAAGAAGUUCAAGUCGCCCGCGAAGAGCAAGGACCAGGAGACCCUGCCACAGGCGGCGGAUUCGGACAGCGACAUGGAGGAUAUGGAGGAUUUGCCCUCCAAGGUUGCGGCAUGA